AUGACGGCGAAAACCGUUGUGCGAUAUUUGCUCUCUUUGCUUCUGUGGUGGAUGUCGUCUGCUCAAGAAGCAGACGACCUGAAACGCCUGUUCGACGAUAAGAUCUGGUCACAUAACCCCUACAUCCGCCCGGUUCUCAACCAGACUGACCAGAUCAACGUCACCGUUCAACUCCACAUCGUCGCAAUCACCAACUUUGACGAGGUGUCGGAAAAUCUGUCGUUCACGGCGUGGCUGGACAUCCUGUGGCACGACCCGUUCCUGACGUGGGACCCGAUGCAGUAUGGCGGUACUAUGUCGAUCCAUCCGCCUGCAAACCAAAUCUGGCGGCCCAAUGUCGCCGUCGCCAAUACGAUGUCAACAUUCAACCCAGUCACAGAUAGUACGAAUCUUGUACAUGUGUUUUCAAACGGAACCGUCAGGUGGAAACCUGGGGCCAAUUUUGACGUGUACUGUGAAAUAGAUACAAGUGCAUUUCCCUUUGACACCCAGGAGUGUAGGGUGGAGCUUCUACUCUGGGACUACAUUCUUGCGGCCGUGAAUCUCCUCCCUAUGGCGUCUACGGUGGGCGUUAGCAGUUUCAGGGCUAACGGGAAAUGGGAGUUAGUCUCGACAGACGUCUCCAAGGAGAUCCGGUACUCAGACACGUCAAGCAAGCCUGCUGUUGUGAUGAAGCUGACGUUGAAAAGACGUCCCAAAUUCGUCCUCAACAACAUCAUCUUACCCAUAGCCCUCCUCGCCAUCCUCAACUCAUGCGUGUUCCUCAUCCCCGCUGACUCCGGGGAGAAGAUCGGCUUUGCCGUCACCAUCCUCCUGGCGUAUGGCGUCCUCAUGUCCUACAUCACCAACAUGCUCCCAAAGACGUCCAAAACCACAUCCAGUCUCUCCAUCAUCUUGAUCGCCAGCCUCGUUGUCAGCUCCACCUUCGUCGGUUUGACGAUUAUGAUAACGAGGCUGUACAAGAAAGCCGAAACCGGAGUUCCGUGGGUUCAAACCUGGACUCUGGUGAGGCAAGCGAUGGUCAAGCGUCUGUCGAAACUGCAGUGGUUUCAUGUUAUGGAGCGCGAAGGAGGCCGUCUGGCAGUCAUGGGACAGACAACCACGCCUUGGCUGAUCCUCCUCCAAAGGAGGCCGUCUGGCAGUCAUGGGACAGACAACCACGCCAUGACUGAUCCUCCUCCAGAGGAGGCCGUCUGGCAGUCAUGGGACAGACAACCACGCCAUGACUGA